ACGCACGACCCGAAUGCAGAAAAUCUGGGAAGUCGACACCCAUAGAGCAACUGUUCCAAUCAAGACCUCAAAGAAUUCCAAGACCUCAUUCACCGAUGAAUCCAAACAUGAAGAUGUGGAUGAGCUGGGCAGCGUGCGCGUUUCUCUUGUUCGUCUGCUUGGGAACUCUCACUGAAGGGUAUCCAACAAAGCCCGACAACCCGGGAGAGGACGCACCUGCGGAGGAGCUCGCCAAGUAUUAUUCAGCACUAAGACACUACAUCAACCUCAUAACAAGGCAGAGGUAUGGGAAAAGGUCAAGUGCUGACACCUUAAUUUCAGACCUUCUGAUUGGUGAAACAGAGUCCCGCCCCCAGACCAGAUAUGAGGAUCAUUUGGCAUGGUGAUCUUGUCGACUCUGUGAUGUCCAUGUGUUGUCCUGUUAACAAUUUUGGCCACCAGAUCUCAUAAAACUGAAAUGUUCUGCAUAAACAACUCGCUGUGAAGCACCACAGUCAUCAUCGGGAUAGUGAAAAUACCGCAGAAUGUUCAAAUAACACAUUACACCAUAAAGUCUGUACAAGUACGUCAAUGUGCUCUCUUUCUAGGCUCAUCGAAGAUUCAGUUCAACAAGGCAGUUGUACAGAGACUCACUGUGUGUAUGCGUGUUGUGUCCAUUGUAAUCCCAAUUAGCAAAGGAGAACAUUAAUUACUGUACAGUACAACAGUGCUAAUA